CAAAUUUAAAUGAUUUUUUUUUAUCGGACCGACGCCGCCGAUCCCGCAAAACGCCUCCUGUGUAGUGCAUACACUUUGUACCUAUCCUGUUGACAGAUCUUGUUGCACAACCUAUACCCUUCUUUUUUCCCUUUUCCAUCGAGAUAAAAAUGGAUCACGAUCCUCCUCCCCACUAUUACCGUGAACGAUGGCAACGUCAGCUCUCUCAAUAUCCUGAUGUUUUACGUUGGAGGGGAUCGGUCUGGCCUAGCAUUCUUCCAUUGAUUGCAUUGACUGGCCUUUACGCAUAUGCAGUGGCUUACGCGUAUCUUUCACUUCAAUAUACCGGUGUCGCCUUGAGUAAUUCUGUAGUUCCUGCGUUGUCAGUCGUAUUGGGUCUUCUCUUGGCAUUUCGCGCCAACACCUCGUAUGCUCGAUACUAUGAAGGCAGACAACUCUGGGAAACCCUAGUGAGCCGUACGCGUAACCUGGCACGCCUCAUAUGGACCUCCAUUCCAGAGCGAACACAGAACGACCAUUCGGAGAAAAUGCGGUGCAUGAAACUGCUAUUGGCGUUUGCGGUUUCAACAAAGCACCACAUUCGUAAUGAAUUGGGAUGCGACUACUAUGAUCUGGACUCACUUCUUCCACCCAACUGGGUGCCUGCAGCUGCUGACGAGGCGUUUUUGGGCGAGCCGUUGUCACCGAGUAGUUAUGGAGAAGAACAACGUCAAGUGACGAGUUUGGACAGCGCGGCUGUAGCUGCGGCCUUACAGACGCAAGCAGCCAUGUUUUCGUCGGAUGAGGAUUUGCCUGACGUGGAAGACGCGACUGGGACAGUGGACAUGUCCUUACCACUGGAGAUCUUGUUCCGAAUGGGCUUGUACGUGCAACAAGCCAAGAGCGUAGGCAGGAUCGACGGUAUCUUUUCAAACAGUAUCAUUGGGCAUCUGAAUCAGAUGAAUGAUUGUUUGGCUGGCCUGGAGCGGAUCGCGAAUACCCCGAUUCCCGUGUCUUACCGCAUCCAUCUAAAACAAUCGUUGGCAUUGUACCUAGCAGCCGUUCCGUUUACACUGGUGGCUCAGUUGCGUUGGUGGAUGGUGCCCACAGUGAUCCUUGCGUCGUUUACGAUGUACGGUAUUGAUGCCAUCGGCGCUGAGAUCGAAAACCCUUUUGGAUACAACCCGAAUGAUCUGCCGCUGAAUCAGUUUUGCGAUGGACUUCGGAAAGAGAUUGAAUUCAUCGUCUAUCACUUGCCGUGUGAAACAGAAGACACGCUCAAAUAAACACAAAUGACGUAGUGGUAGCUUCUCUUCUUUCUUGGAGAACUUUUCCAGUGGUAUCAUAUUCCCAAGCUGUGUAGCACGACCACACGCUUGCUCCUAUCCUCCCACGCCAGUUUCCUUUCUUUUUUUCCUUUUGCCCCCAUGACACUCAUCUUGCACUUGUUACCGAGAAACACAGCAUGCACGUAAAUGUAAACAAAAGUCAAAGAACG